AAGUGAUAUAAAAAUUAAUUUCAAAUACAUUACUAUUAGAACUCUUGAAAAAUGCAAAACUCUGACGAAGUAAAUGAAAGAUCAAAGAAUUAUGUCAACCGUUUGACUGAUGAUUCCAGUGAUGGAAGUGUAAGAAGUGAUGAAACAAUUAGCGAUUCUUCAGCAAAAGUGAGUCAUCUUUCGUGGAAAACAAAGAUAUUCUUCAGUUUUGGUCACAUAUACAAUGACUUGUGUGCAUCCAUUUGGUUCUCCUAUACCCUCAUCUUUUUUCAAUUGCAAUUCAAUGGAACAAUAGCUAGCAUUUUGAUAUUGUUAGGACAGGUAGCCGAUGCAGUGGCCACACCGUUUGUUGGUUUCCAAUCGGACCGAAGCAAUACCAACAGUUUAUUAUGUAAAUACGGUAAACGCAAAACAUGGCAUUUAUUGGGAACAAUCCUUGUGUCGGCUUCAUUCCCAUUUAUUUUUAAUAAAUGUCUUAAUUGUGAGGAUUCAUCACAAACAUCCAAAAUAAUAUAUUAUAGCGUUUUCAUUGUUAUGUUUCAAUUUGGUUGGGCGGCAGUUCAAGUGGGACACGUAUCACUAAUAACUGAUUUGAGUCCCAGUACUAACGCAAGAGUAUCUUUAAAUGCUUAUAGACAAGCAGCGACAGUGGCUUCGUCUAUAUUAGUCUAUCUGAUCACUUGGUUUAUAUUAAGACAAAGAGGAUCAUCAACUUUAGGCAAAAAAGAUUCCGAUGUUUUUACGCUUUUGGCUUAUAUAGUAUGCGGAAUAGGAGUUGUAUUUUCAAUAUUAUUUCACAUAUUUGUCAAAGAAGUUGAUAACUCGUGUUCAUCUGGAUCUCCAAAUUCAUCACUUUAUGGCUCAUCAGAUGAUUUAGUGGAUAAUAAUACUUACCGAAAGAGAUCCGAUUCCGAUUCAUCCAUUAAAAAAGAUAGUAAAGAUAUUUAUAAAAGUGAUAGUAAUAAAAAUGACGACAUUUUCAAGAUCUCCGGUGAUAAUCCUGAGUUGGGAACCACUGCUUGCAAUCGCCAAUACAAGUGGAGUGAUUGGCUUAAAAAUAUAAACUUUUAUAAAGUGGCAUAUAUUUAUAUGGUUUCGCGAUUAUUUGUAAAUCUUACACAAGUUUAUACACCACUAUUUCUUCAAAAAACACUAUAUUUGCCAAAGGAUAGUAUAGCUAUUAUACCAUUUGUGACAUAUAUUAGUGGAUUUAUAUUUUCAUUUGCGUCGAAAUUCAUUUCAGCCAAAACUGGACCAAAAAUACUGUUGGCGUUGGGCUGUGUUUUUGGAUUUGGGUCUUGUUUUUGGAAUAACUUCGGUUCCAUUGAAAACGAUUCAUUCAAGACAUGGCAGGUGUAUGGGGCGACCCUACUCUUUGGUAUUGGCGGCACAACUAUGCUUAUCGCUAGUCUUGCCCUUACAUCGGAUCUCAUUGGAGGCAACACUAUGAGUUCAGCCUUUGUUUUCGGUACAAUGAGUUUCUUUGACAAAGUGCUCAAUGGAUCAGUUGUAGUGAUUUUGGAGCAAAUAAAUCCAAAUAAAAAUAUGAAUGACGAUAACGAUGACAAAAAACAUACAUCUAUUUUGUUUUACCAAAAUAUUGUUGUAUAUGUUUCCGGUGCCACAACUAUACUCACACUUUUGGGUAUUAUUCCUCUAAUAAAAACAAAGCAUGGCUAA